AUGUCAAAUACAAUCAACCCAAUUAUACCAGGCUUCGCGCCAGAUCCAUCUGUGGUCAAGGUUGGCGACUGGUUUUAUCUCAUCAACUCCAGUUUCCACGUUUUUCCUGGACUUCCUAUCUACGCCUCUCGAGAUCUGGUAUCAUGGCAGCAGAUCGGAAAUGCAAUCAACCGUCAGUCCCAGCUCAGUCUUGCAAAGUCGCAGGCAAAUCUCUACUUGGUGGACGAUGGCAAGUUUAUGGUCGGGAGUGGAGGCCUGUACGCGCCGACGAUCCGUCACCACCAAGGCACAUUCUAUGUCGUCUGUACCAAUGUCAUCCGGUCGCCGGGAAAGAAUAGAGAUGCGACGGAGAAUUUCAUAGUCUCGACCGAUGAUAUCUGGUCAGGCAUAUGGAGCGACCCGAUCUCCUUUGAGUUUGAUGGAAUCGACCCGAGUCUUUUGUUCGAUGAUGAUGGAAAAGUCUACCUGCAAGGGUCGGGUGGAGUAGGGCCAAGCACCACGAUCAACCUCUUCGAACUUGACCUGAAGACCGGUGCAAAAUUAUCGGAGGAGAAAGUGAUCUGGCGCGGUACCGGUGACAUUUAUCCGGAGGGACCACACCUGUAUAAGCACAACGGCUGGUACUACUUGCUCAUUGCGGAGGGCGGUACCCAUGGCGGGCAUAUGGUGACGAUGGCACGCUCUCAGGACGUCUUCGGCCGAUACGAAUCGUGUCCGGACAACCCCGUCCUCACAGCGCGUGGUACAGAAGAGUACAUCCAGUAUACCGGCCACUGUGAACUUUUCCAGGAUGAGAAGGCCCAAUGGUGGGGAGUCUGCCUUGGGGCCCGCCUGGAGCACCAAGGAAGAUGCGCUAUGGGCCGUGAGACCUUUUUGACUCGGGUAGACUGGGAUGGUGAAUGGCCCGUCAUCGAUCAAGUAAAAUCGAACCCCCGCAGCCUUUCAGCAGCCCGUUCGAGCUCACACCUCGCGGCGGAAGCCCGGGGGGACUACCUCUACAUUCGAGAUGCUGUCAUGAACAAUUACCAACUCGAGGAUAACUUAUCCGUGACAUUGACCGCGUCGUCAGUGGAUUUGUCCCAUCCGGAACUUAGCCCGACGUUCAUAGGCAAACGGCAACGGCAACUAGCCGGCACAAGCACUGUUCUUCUUAAAGGAAUCGAAGGUUCCUGGAGCGCUGCAAAGAUUGUGGCUGGGCUCGCGUGUUACAAGGAGGAGCACCGCUACACAAGGGUCUUUUACGACGCUGCUCAGCGGCAGGUGGUCCUCGAAUUGGUCAAUGCUGCUAAGAAGAUUGUUCGAACUGAGAAACACACACUCGGAGAGGUCCCUCGCUCAGUGGCUUUCCGGAUAGAGUACACAGAGGAGCAGUAUUCCCUGUUUUAUUCAGUUCAACAUAAUGUCGAAAACAACUGGAAGUGCUUGGGAACCGUUGAUGUUCUGGAUAUGACCGAUCCAGAUUUCACUGGCCCAAUCAUUGGGAUCUAUGCUGUUGGGCAGGCCGAAGGCGUAAAAGUUCAGUUUGAAGGCAUGAACGUCGAGUAA